AUGUACAUUCCAAAAAAGUAUUUGCAAGAAGAUUGGGGACAAGUGGAAUACUUGAUUAAAAACUAUCCUUUAGGAACAAUUGUUACCAAUGAUGAAAACGGAACAAUUAUAGCUAACCACAUUCCCUUUGUAUUGAAAGAAGAUCCUGAAUCGGGAAAGAAAUACUUAAUUGCCCAUAUCUCAAAGACAAAUCAUCAAGUUCCCACUUUAGCUGAUUCCGAUAAUGUCUUGGUUAUUUUUCAAUCGGCCGAUUCCUAUAUAACUCCAAAUUACUACCCAGGAAAGCCAGAGACACACAAGUAUGUGCCAACAUGGGAUUUUGCUUGUGCUCAUAUUUACGGUAAUUCUAAAAUAAUUGAUGAUUUUGAUUUCGUAAGAAGUCAAAUCACCUGUUUGACUGAUCAGCAAGAAGCUGGGAAGAUAGAUAGCUGGAAGGUUUCUGAUGCUCCAGAAGGGUAUUUGAAAGUAAAGCAAAAAGCCAUUACGGGUCUUCAAAUCGAAAUAAAGUCCACUCAGUGCAAGUACAAGUUUGAGCAAGAUAUGAAAAAUAGAGAUAUUCAAGGAGUUGUUGAUGGCUUACAAGAAGAUGGAAAAAACCAAGUGUCUCAGUUGGUUAAGGAGUCAAAUCUUACAGAAUUAGCAAAAUAG